UGAUCGCCAUGGAUGCCAUGCUCGUUCAGUACAUCCGCCGUGGUACUCCUUCCAGCCUCAGGACCCUCCAGCAGGAUGCGCUCUGGACGGGGAUCCUGUGCGGAGGGUGCGUCAUCCUGCUACAGCGGAUGAACGUGCUGGAUCUGAUUCAGGGACCGGGGACAUGGAAAGAGCAUGCUGUGUGGUCGCUCAGGGGGAUCCUGUCGAGGCUGCGGCAGGUGUACAAGGGCCUCUUCCAACCCAACAAGCCCCCGGUGUUGAAGAUGCGGCAAGAUGUUCCUCCGUCCUUCUGGGACCCUGAGAGUCUUGGUAGCCCGUUGAUGAUCGGACCGGAUGUGCCUCCUAGCACGGGGUCGCUCAGCGAGCCCCUGGUGUCGGGGAUGUGGAAGGACGAGGAUCUCGGGCGGGGGAUGCGGUGGGAGCGGGAGACGCGUCCUCUGACGCGCCACCCGUCGAAGCAGGACCUCAAGUACCUCAUGGCUCCUCACGGACCCGACAGCCCAGGACGGGGGAGGCCGGACUGGUCGGACAUGCUGCACGGGCUCAAGAGCAGCGGGGGGAAGACCGGGCUGAGCCAGAGGUCGACGGGAGAAUUGUCCGGGAGCAGGAGCAUGGAGAUCUUCCCGGACGAAAUCUCCGAGGCGACUGAAGAGGAUAUCGCCCUGGCUAAGGAGAGGUCGAGAGAGCGGGCCCACAACGCGCGAUCCGCAGCGUCAGUCCGCGUGUUGGACUACCAGGGCUACCUGCAGCUGGACAAGAUUCUCAAGGCGCAGGAGCCCCAGAGCAGGAUCUACGACAUGGAGGUCCACGACGAGAUGCUCUUCAUCAUCAUCCACCAGACGUACGAGCUCUGGUUCAAGCAGGUGCUCCACGAGCUCGACUCCGUCCUCCACAUGUUCAGCAGCCUCCCGCACAAGAGCGUGAAGGAGAUGGACGUCUCCCUCUGCCUGUCGCGCUCCUCCCGGGUGGUUGAGAUCCUCAAAGUUCUGGUCAGCCAGUUCGACGUGCUCGAGACGAUGCACCCCCAGGCCUUCAGCGACUUCCGAGAUUUCCUUUCCCCUGCCUCCGGCUUUCAGAGCAUGCAGUUCCGCCUGGUGGAGAACAAGCUGGGGAUGCGACCGGAGCAGCGGAUCCAACACUCGGGAUGUCCCUACUACCAGCAUCUUGCUCGAGAGGAGGAGCGAGAGGAGGUGUUGGCAGCUGAGCGUGAGGUGGGUCUCUUGGACUAUCUCGGCGAGUGGCUGGAGAAGCUGAUGGAUGAAGUUUUCAACGACUUCGAUUUCGCCGCCUACAUGAAGGAAGCGAUCGAGCAGGCUGCUGUUCAUGAUCGUUCGGCGAUCGAGAGAUUUCCAACAGUGAGAACGUCCAACAGACACGUUGAGAGCAAGGAGAGUGCGCUCAACGGUCUUGAGAAGAAGAGGCUCGCGCACUUGAAACUCUUCGAUGAGCAAAUUCACAACGAACUCAUCAAGAAAGGCAUCCGCCAGUUGAGCUUCAAGGCUACGAUGGCGUGUGUCUUCGUUCAGUCCUUCUCCCAUGAAGCAGCUUUCCAGACAAUUCAGCGAUUCUUGACGAAAUUGAUCGAGAUCGACGAACUCAUAGCAAGAUGGCGGCAGAGACAUUCGAGUCUUGUGCUCAGAAUGAUUGGAAGCAAGGAUGGAACCGGAGGUUCAUCGGGACAUGCCUAUCUCAACGCAGUAAUGCAGAAGUCAAGAAUUUUCGUCGAUUUGUGCCACUGCUCGCACUAUCUCCUCCCUCAACACUCAAUGCUUCCCCUCCCUGCGGAGGUCAAGAGGAGGUUGCAAAUGAGCUUAUCCCGAGCUUCUUCGCAUCCCUUCAUGAACGAGCUAGUCGACUUCAGAGACUAGCAGCAACGCUACCUUCAACCAGCCCCGUCAUCCGCCCUUCUCUUUUCUCUCGUGUAUAUUCUUUGAUCUUCGACCCUCAUUCACGCUCGAUGAAAUUCUUUCUACACUUUAAUCAUUCAAACGUAAAAGUACAUGAUAGAAAACUGUCUCCCGUCGGAAAACUGUCCUCCUCCUCCUCCCCCUCCUCCCCCUCCUCCCCCUCC